AUGCUCAAAGCUGUAACAUCUCUUCAUUCAUUCAAAAGCAGUUCGAAGCGCACCUUUUGGCGUAGUUUUGCCACAUCCACCAACAAUUCGGUUGAUUUCUCGCAUGCGAUCAUAGGAGGAGGAGUUGUUGGUUUGUCAAUAGCAUUAGAACUCAGUAAAGUACCGAGCAACCAUGUUCUUUUGAUAGAAAAACAUACUGCUUUGGGGACGGAGACUUCGAGUCGUAACAGUGAGGUAAUCCACGCUGGAUUAUACUACCCUCCAGAUUCUUUGAAGACGCAACUGUGCAUCGAGGGAAACAACAUUAUAUACAACGAAUUGACGUUUCCCAAAACAGGAGUGCAGUGGAAGAAGUGUGGGAAAUGGAUUGUGGCCCAAAAUGACGAGGAAUUGGCCUAUCUGAAUACUCUCCACGAAAAAGCUUCAAGACAAUUUGGUCUGCCUGUACAAAUGAUAUCAAGCAGCAGAGCUGAACGGGAGGAGCCAAACAUCCAGGUCGGAAAGGCUGCAUUGAUUUCCCCAACUUCAGGCAUCAUUUCUUCGCAUUCACUCAUACAGUAUCUAACCACGCAUCUGGAUAUUAACGGUGGUGAAGUAGCGAUAGGUACACAGCUCAUGGAUAUGAGCUAUGAUCGCAACAAAGGCUAUAAUCUGCUAUGCAAAUCGGUGGUUGAUUCUGCUGAAGAAAGCGUCGAGAUUUCCGUGGAAAAUGUGGUCAAUGCUGCUGGCCUUCAUGCACACACAAUCGCAAACAUGCUCCUACCAAAGCAUCGCUACAAGCAUCAGUAUCUGGGUAAAGGAAACUAUUUUUCGUUAUCUGGUCAAGCGUCUUUUCCGGUCAAUAGGCUGGUUUACCCCGUCCCUCCCAAAAGUAAACAGUCGCUAGGAACUCAUUUGACAAUUGACCUAGACGGACAGAUCAGGUUUGGGCCCGACCUUGAAUUUGUCGCAUCGCCCACGGAAUACAAAGUCAAUGUCAACAAUUUAGAGAAGGCCGCUCGUGCCAUCAAAAAGUACUACCCUCACAUUAAAACGCAGGAUCUCCAACCUGCAUACAGCGGCAUAAGACCUAAACUGGGAGGGCCAGGUGAAACCGCUUUAAAAGAUUUUUACAUACGCGAAGAAGAGGGAUUUCCAGGCUUUGUGAACUUGCUGGGAAUUGAAAGUCCGGGGCUGACCGCAAGUCUUGCCAUCGGACGUUACGUUUGUAAACUAUACCAUGGAUAA